AUUCAUUCAUACGCACCGUACGGAGAUGGCGUCUACACGUAUACAGGUACAACACGGAGGAGCACGCGACGGCCGACGACGGCGACACGUAGCCCCUUUCCAAAAAAUUUCCGCCGUCUGAUGUCGAUGACGACGGAGGAGCCCAGCUAGCUCCCCAAAGUCAAGUCAGACCGGUUUCCACGAGCUUAAUUACGCAUUAAACAACACAGGUAAUCACCUAUCUAGCACAUGCUGGUCUAUUCCGUCCACGGACGACGCACUCCUGUGAGCCCAUCCAUUUCAUUCAGGGUGAAUAAACAAAGGUCAAAAAGGCAGGAUCACGGAGGAAUGGAGGAUCCAUGGGACGGGACGACGCAGCCUCCACCUCCCCCUCCACUGAGGAUGACGACCAUUGCCUUCCUCGCCUUUCCGUCGUCCGACAAGCAGGCAAGCGCAGCACGUUUUGGUUCCACGGCACUCGUCGUCGUCGUCGUCUCGCCGAGGAAGAGGGCGGUCUGCGUUGGAGCAGCGAGCAGCCUGCCCAGGCCAGGCCAGCAGGCCAGCAGAAGGGAAGGAACCGAAGUCAAACCACGCCGUGUACAAUACAAGUACGUAGCACUGUAGCAGCAACGGAAGGAAGCAGAGAGCUCUUGUUGUGUCACUUCUUCGCUAAAAAAAGUUUGUUUAAUUCUAAAACUGUCAUAUUAUAAACUAAAACAAAAUCUAAAUGAAGCGUCCACUUUCAAUGUAGAUUUCGUGAAAAUUUUAUAGGUUCUUAGACAUUCAACUCUACGGUUUUCCUUGUGUAGUUAUAUUAUUGAAGAUGUUUACUAUAUGACAACUUAUUUAAUAAAUCGUAGUAGAUGGUGGUGCUAAAGCGCGGACUGGACUACUGGACAGAGAGAAGCAAAAAGGACCAGCAAAACUCGUGGGGUUAAAACUUAAAUCUCCGAGGAGUCUAGUCUCUCGAGGGCAUACGAGGCGAGCAGGAGCGGCAGCACGAGGAAGACAGAAGAAGCAAAGCGAAGCAAUCCUCCCCUGCUGCACAGAGUGGGCCGGGGCCACGGUUGCAGGCGCGAGAAGGAAGCAGUGUCCGUCAGUAGCAGCGGUGGAGGUGCUCCGCGGUCCUAGUUCAGUAGUUCUCCCCCUCCGGCGGUGGCAGCGGUCGGAUCUGCGUCGCGGCGGCGGAAAGCACCCCCCGCCUGGAGCCCGGAGCCGUCCUUCUGAAGCUCGGCGGCGUCGAGAUCUGAGUUCGGUCGCGCGGAGAGGAGGUUUCGCUGUGCCGGUGUGGUGCUCCCGGAGCCGCGCGCGGAGGCGGCGCCUUUGCGCAUUGCCGUUCCGUCCGUCCCGUUCCUGCAAGCUCUAAGGCUUUCAAAGAAUUGAAAUCGGGGUUCUUGGGCUUUGCGCCUCGCGCCGUGAUGUAAACUUGAGCCCUCGGAUCGAAAAGGCCGUCCCUUUGCGCCGGCCGGCCGACCGGAGGUUUGGCGCUGUUCGGCGGAGGAGUUGGGGUGGGAGAUGAGGAUAGAAGGGGAUGAGGCUGCGCAGAUGGCGAUGUGGAGCGCGACAUGCGGGUGAGCGAGCGCGGAGGCACCGUUGCGCUCUGCCGCGUGAGCGCGACAUGCUGGAGGGCGAGCCCCACAAGGCAGGCUGACGAUGCAUGCACGGAGGGCGGGCGGCACUGGCAUGCGCGGAGGCAGUUUUUCUAGGGGAGGCGGGGGCACAAAAACAGUCUACACUAUUGUCUUAAUAGAUAUUAGAGACUUUAAUAGGGUGUUUGGUUUGAGGAAUGAGCUAGUCCAUUAUCUUCUCACUCCUCACUAUUUUUGUUUGGUUUGUGGAAUGGAAUGAGUUGAUCCAUCACCAACUCAUUCCUCAUAGUUAGUUAGUACUAAUAUUAGGAAUGAGAUCAUUCCACCAAAUUUGAGGAAUGAACCCAUGAUGCACCACCUCAAUUUAGAUGUAGUGAUUCCUUAAACCAAACACCCCCUAAAUGUCUCACGAAAAUCGAGCCACCGUCUCGUACAUGCCCUUAUCCCUCUCGCCCCGCAUCCCAUCACCCGCAGGCCGGAACAGCAGCCGUCAGCCAUGCCCGCGGCGGCCUUCUUCUCCGCCGCGCUGCCCCCUCCCUCGCGUACGCUGUCCCGCCGCCUCGUCGUGUCCCGCGCGGCUGCGGCCGCGGCCUCAGCAUCAGCAUCCUCGUCCUCCGGGUGGCAAGGUGGCGGGGGAGUGGAGUUCCAGGGCAAGGUGGGGUUCCUGGGGCUCGGGAUCAUGGGCGCGCCCAUGGCAUCCAACCUCAUCAAGGCAGGCUGCGACGUCACGGUUUGGAACAGGACCAAGAGCAAGUGCGAUCCCCUCCUCAGUCUCGGUGCCAAGUACGAGCCUACACCGGCCCAAGUCGCUUCAUCUUGUGACGUGACAUUCGCGAUGCUCGCUGAUCCACAAAGCGCGGCUGAGGUUGCAUGUGGGUCCAGUGGAGCUGCUGAAGGGUUGGCCCCUGGGAAAGGCUAUGUCGAUGUGUCGACGGUUGAUGGUGCUACAUCCAAGCUGAUUGGUGAACGCAUUACAAGUACUGGAGCAUCUUUCCUUGAGGCUCCAGUUUCAGGCUCGAAAAAACCAGCAGAAGAUGGGCUGCUCAUCUUUCUUACUGCAGGUGAUGAGUCCUUGUACAAGAGAGUGGCGCCCCUCCUUGAUGUCAUGGGGAAGUCAAGGUUUUAUCUUGGCGAUGUAGGCAAUGGUGCUGCAAUGAAGCUCGUGGUUAACAUGGUCAUGGGGAGCAUGAUGGUUUCCUUCUCAGAAGGGUUGCUCCUGAGUGAAAAAGUCGGUUUAGACCCGAAUACUCUCGUCGAGGUUAUUUCCCAGGGUGCUAUCAGUGCCCCCAUGUUCUCUCUCAAGGGCCCAUCCAUGGUUAAAGCUGCAUAUCCUCCUGCAUUUCCUCUGAAGCAUCAACAGAAGGACUUGAGGCUCGCAUUGGCCCUGGCGGAAUCGGUGUCCCAGUCCAUUCCUACAGUUGCAGCUGCGAACGAGCUGUACAAGGCUGCAAAAUCGCUCGGCCUUAGUGACCACGACUUCUCGGCGGUUAUUGAAGCGCUGAAAGCCAAAGUGCAGAGCCAGAGCUCACAAUAGUAGUUGCCUGUUCAGCAGAGCUCACAGUAGUUGUUGCCUCUUCAGCAGCUACCAUUGAGGCAGCAUUUUGUCUCGAUGGAUGAAGUUGACACUUAGGAAAAUUUCUCAAGAUCGCUACAGAAAAGUCUCAGAACAAUACAAUUUCUGUAUUCGUAAAUAUUUUCUCAAACAUCACAACGACGACAUUUCCUUAAGGAAGAAAAAAAACUUUCAUUAAAGGCUAGUUGGGGAACUUAAAUCUUCUUCUGGAUUCCCGGAGAUUGAAUAAAAGAUUAGUUCAUUUUUCCA